UGGGGGAGCGGGAGGCGGGCGAGACUCUUCAGGCACUCGAAGCUAUUGCCGGGCUGGAAUAACACUGCUAUCUUUCUAAUCCGUCAGGACAUCAACUUCACCAUGGGGAAGAUGCUUGGACUCUGCGCCGUGGUGCUGGCUUGUAUCACCAUUGGAUCUGCUCUUCAAUGCCUGCAGUGUAAAUUCACAGUUUUCAAUCUACCCUGCCACACCUCAACUGUCACCUGUAACACCGGAGAACUUUGUGCUGUCAUCCAGGGAACUACUGCUGGUCAGAAGCUCAUCAAGAAGAAGAACUGCGUCCAGCGGGAAAAAUGUGACAAGAACGAUACUGAGACCUACUUAGGCAUCAAAUACGUCACCACCUACAAUUGUUGCGAUAGCGACUUCUGCAAUUCAGGGGCCACCUUGCCCUCUGCUCACAUCUCUCUGCCUGUGCUUCUGGCCAUCGGAGGCACCUGGCUCCUCCGCUUCCUCUAAUCCUCUUUCCAGGAAGGAGAGAAAACACCAACUCUAGAAGAUGCCAAAGAUUAAGUCUGCGACCCUUCUACUUUUUUUACCUGAAAGUAACGUCCAUGGAACUCCAGUGACAUAGACGAUUGUAGUUUUAUCCUCUCAAGCACUGUAUUAAAUAGACACUCUCGCCUUUCCUUUUUAUUCAGAAACGCAUCUGUGGCUUAAUGGAGGCAUAUCCUCCAUUUUAGAGCAUAUGAAUGAAGCUUUAGGAAUUGAAGCUGCCUUAAUCUUCCUCCUCCUCUCCUCUUUUUUUCAUUAUCUUCUACCUUUUCCAUUCCUUUUCCACUUAUUUUCAUCCUCUGCAAGCUUCUUUUUUAAAACAGGGCUGGAAAAUUAGUGUCAGACCAGUUACAAGUCCAAUAGUCCCAUCUAGAUCACGGUUAAGAAAUACUGAUACCCAUCUCCCUUAGUCCCCCCGCCCCUUUUAAGCUUCUUCACCCCUUUGAGAUUUUACAUUUCCUCCUCUUGUACUAAAAGCUUCUGCCUAACCUGCUUUGUAUAUAUGUUUUCUCAGCUCACAAGCUCAGUGUUGUGUUUUCUCUCCAAGGGUCUCAUUUCAAAGAAUCCCCCCCCCCCGAACUAUGAUCACCAGUUGUGCCUCUUUCCUCGGCAUGGUGGGGCUUUCUCUUUCUGCCAACGUUUCUCCUGAUGACAGUGUCGUGUCUAUGAGGGAGAUAAGGCAAUGGAAAGAGGAGUCCCCUUAAUGCAAUUCCCUGCCCCCACCUUCCAUCCCAUUCCCUUAAAGAAAUAUGAUCUGUGGCCUCCCUGGGCAAAUAUUUGGUGACUCAGUAACUGGCAUCAACGAGAGAAAGGGAGGUCUUCUGAGGCAAGCAACCCACCGGAUGGCUGGUGAAAAUAUGCCAAGGGCUGCUAUUUUGGGCUGACCCUGAGCCAAUUAUGUUUUAAAGGCCACAUACAUAACAUUCUGCAGAGGAGGGGUUGUGUUGUUCUGCUCCUACACACACACUCCUUCAGGAAGGAGAGAUGGAUUUAACCCUAUAUAUGCUGGCAUUUCUGCCUUUGUCCCCAAAAUCUGCAGACAGUUUUCUUGCAUACACCUACAAUAUCACCCACAUUAGGUUGCCUGAAUUCAGCAGGUCCUUUCAAACACUUUUGCUGUGUGUGUGUGUGUGUGAGAGAGAGAGAGAGAGAGAGAGAGAGAAAGAGAGAGAGAGAGGUGAUAUGUGAUAUAUAUAAUACUGGUAGUCCUCAACUUACAACCGGUGGUGGGAUUCAACCUUUUUUUAUUACCAGUUCUAUGAGAAAGCAUGCUUCGCGCAGCAAUCAAAAACCACCAAUUUUGAGCUUCAAACAGCUGAGGUGUGGCAAUCCGCUCAGCCGUGCGAAUCAGCUGAGCUCAAACCCAAGGAAAUAAAGGACAGGAAAGGGCAGGGGCAGGUGGGCAGGGCCAACUCCUCAACGGCGCUACCGAUUCGCGAGAACCGGUGCGAACCGGCGGCAUCCCACCACUGUUUACAAUGGUUCAUUUAGUGACCGCCCAAAGUUAAAAUAGACCUGAAAAAAGGGACUCAUGACCCGUUUUUCACUCUUGCGACUGUUGCAGCAUCCCCAUGGUCACAUGAUUCAAAUUUAGACAACUGAACUCACAUUUAUGAUGGUUACAAUGUCCCGGAGUCAAUUCAUCCCUUUUGGUGACCUUCUGACAAGCAGAGACAACAGGGGAAUCAGAUUCACUUGAACAACCUUGAUAAUAACUUAACUACAGUGAUUCACUUAACGGUGGUAAGAGAGGUCAUGAAACGGGCAAAAAUCAACAAGUGUCUCACUUAGCAACAGAAAUUUUGGGCUCAAGUGUGGUCGUAAGUCAAGGACUACUGUAUUUGUAACCCAUCUGCUUUGCCUUCACCCAGUUCUUUGUUUUUCCAAUGUUGAAAAUUAUUCCUAUUUCCAUAUCAGUUUGCCAAUUUGUUUUAGGGUCAACAUUUGUAUAUCUUUGCUCUGAAUAUAUGGAUACGCAUCCACACUUUCUCCAGUACAGUAUAAUUUUUUUAAAAAAAUACACAUAAGUAACAAGAUGUUUUUUUAUAUAAUGUAGUACAUCUUUACAUAUACAUUCCCCACGUGUAUACAUCCUUGGGUGGGGGGGGGUGUUGUUUUUUACUCUUUGGAGUUGUGAAAACAACCAUUGAAUUUUAAUUACCAGCAUACAUAAUAGCUCCAUUCUCAGUUUUGGAAGUUCAGGUUCAUUCCAUUUGCUUCAGAACGCAAGCUGAACAGAUUUCUUCUCAUACUAGUUUGUACUAAAUAAAUGACAAACUAAAUAAA